CGCUUUUUCUGGUGCAGUUGUAACUUCGACCGGUCACUAAGCGACGUGUGGUAUGUCGAUGCCCCCGGGCUUGCAGGAGGCUCCUCAGAACAGGGCGCCCAGGCGGGGCAUCCCAUCCCUCGGGGGCUCCAACGAUGCUUCUUCGGGCACCGGAGGCGGAGAAGAGGCGGCUCUGUUGGACGGGAGGGCGCGGGGUCCUCGGAGAGGCCUCCUUCCGCCUCGCCCCGCGAUCUUGGGAGGCGGCGGUUCCUCCAGGGGGGCGGCCGGGCGGAGGGCUCCCCUCCCUCCAGGCUAGCGACCAGGCUUGUCGGGCGGGGCGCGCGACUACGGCUCCCGUCGUGCCCCACGGCGGCCGCCGGAAGAGGAGGACGCGCUUCCGGGAAGGUGGCGCGCGGGGCUCCCGCUUCCGGCGGCGCGAUGGCGGCGGCGCCGGACUCGGCCUCCGCGGCCGCUGCGCCCGGCGGGCUGGUGGUGCUGGCCUCGGCGCGGGCCUGGGUGCCGCGGCCGCCGCUGGCCGCGUCCUCGCCGGGCGCCCGGGACGCUCAGCGCCUGCUCCGGCUCCAGCUGAGCGCGGCUCCAGGCCCCGAGCGCUUCCGCCUCGGCCUGCGCGGCGGCCCCGACUCGGGCCCUGAGCCGAGCCUGGUGGAAUACGGCCUGAAGGAGAUCUCGUACGAGGCCAAGAGCGGCACCUGCCACGAGCUGAAGGUCCUGGCGCGGCCCGACGACCCGCUGGUCUUCCACUUCGAGGACGAGCAGGAGGCGCAGGCCUGGUGGGCGGUGGUCAGCAGCUCCCUCCGCGAAGUGCACAAAGCUCCAGAAGGAACCAAUGGGCUCACCGGACGGCCCUCUUCCCAGCCUGUGGCUGCCUCUCUUCCUUUGGAGACUGCAAAGAAAGGUCAAUCCAUGCCGCCACCUAAUAGCCUGGCAACAAGUGAACUGGAAGACUUGGUGCUCCAUCUUUCUGCAGCCAUCGAACUGGGAAACGAGGAGGAGGCCAUGCGGUGUGCUUCCUUGCUUGCGCAGCAGCACACCGCUCUGCGCAUCCAGCUGAGGGAGUCCUGCUAUCCUGCCAGUCAGAUCAGCAUGAAGGUGCACGUGGAAGACGCCUCCUGUUCUGCCAGCAUCACAGCCCGGGUCCACACGCACACCACAAUCGCUGCUCUCAGGCACCAGGUCUUUCAGGAUUAUGGAUUCCACCCCACUGUCCAGCGCUGGAUUAUUGGGCAAUGCUUGUGUGUGGACAACCGAACGGUUGGGUCCUAUGGAAUCCGGAAGGAUGGCGAUACGGCUUUUCUCUAUUUGCUCUCAGCGAAGGGAGCCAACCUCUCCGAGCAGCGUUACAAAGAGGACAAAGACUGGGUGGUGCUCCAGCCACCCUCCUCAGCGAUCCCUGGCAGCUCUGACGGCAGGCACAAAAGCAGCGCCAGUUCUUUGCCGAAGAAAGGUGGGAAAGACCUCAACAGGAAGUCAGAUGUUGGGGAGAUCACUCGCUUCCUGGACUCUGUGCAUAUGAGUAAAAUUCUUCCGUGUCGCACUCAAUCCCCCACGAUCCCAGCUGCUCCUCCCCCUUCUGUGCAGGCCGGCUGGUCAUGUCCCACCUGCACGUUCAUCAACAAGCCCACCCGCCCUGGCUGCGAAAUGUGCAGCACUGACCGCCCUGCUGGUUACGUGGUUCCUGUGAGCUACCGGCCAGACGAUGUGGAACUGUGGCGGAUCCAGCAGGAGAAGGAGGGCAUCCUGCAGUACCAGAAGGCCCUGGAGCAGGAGCGGAUGCAGAAUUUCCAGCAGCUGUGCCAGCUGGAGGAAGAAGCCCUGGUGCCCAACCAGCAGGAGAUGGAGUGCCGGAUCUGCUACCUGAAGGUGGAGCCGGGCAACGGGGUGCUGCUGAGGGAGUGUCUGCACAGCUUCUGCAGAGACUGCCUGCGCCAGCUGGUCAACUGCAGCCAGGACCCCCAAGUGUCCUGUCCCUUUCGGGACGAUUCCUACGCCUGCACCAGCCACCUCCAAGACAGGGAGAUACGGGCGCUGGUGACCUGGGCUGAGUACGAGCGCUUCCUGGAGCGGCGGCUGGCGGUAGCUGAGAGCCGGGCGCAGAACAGCUACCACUGCCGGACGGCCGACUGCCUUGGAUGGUGUGUUUAUGAGGACGACGUAAAUGAGUUCCGUUGCCCCAUUUGCUGGGCUCUGAACUGCCUCGUCUGCAAGGCCAUCCACGAGGGCAUGAACUGCAAGCAGUACCAGGACAAGUUAAAGUCCCAGGCUCACAACGAUGCUGCUGCCCGUGAGACUAACAACAUGCUGAAGAUGCUAGUGCAGCUGGGGGAGGCCAUGCAUUGCCCCGCGUGCCACAUCGUAGUGCAGAAGAAGGGCGGUUGCGACUGGAUCAGAUGCCCCGUCUGCCAGACAGAGAUCUGCUGGGUGACCAAGGGGCCACGCUGGGGGCCAGGGGGCCAUGGUGACAUCAGCGGGGGCUGCCGGUGCAACGUGAAUGGAGAGAGAUGCCACCGGCUGUGCCAGAACUGUCACUGAGCACUUGGCAAGAGGAAGCGGGCAGGCAGACUUCCACCCCACCCCACCCCCACCCCCGCAUCUCAAGAGCUCCACUGGGGUCAAGCCUGCUUUUUUAGGGGGGAGGGGGUGUUUCCCUACUUAGCUCUCCCUCCUUUUUCUGCAUCCUGCACUUCUAACUGCGACGGGUAAAAACAUGUGACUCUGUGCAGCUCUGGUAGAUGCUGCGGUGCCAGCCCAGGGCCUGAGGCUCUGCACCCAGCUUGAAAGGCAGCAACCCAGGGACGUCUGCUUUCUGACUUCACUUGCCGCGGAGGAGUCAGAAAACAGGUGGGUCUCUCCCUCCCUCAAAUUACUUGAUUCCAAAGGUACCCCACCCCCACCCCACCCGACCCGGCUUUAUCUGACACUUCUGGGCAACCAAGGCACAACUAUUAGAGACUCCUGCUCUAUGUUGCUGCACAGGGGGGAGAGAACCUUCCCAAUAAAAGGAAACCACGCCAGC